AUGAUGUGCUGCGACCUCAAGCCGAGGGACCCCCGGAGCUGCCAGAGGCUGAGAGGGAACAAGGACCCUAGAGCCUUCAGCCUGAGUGUGACCCUGCGGAUGCCUGGAUUUCAGACUUCCGGCCUCCAGAAUGGAGAAUACAUUUCUGUUCCUCCAAGCCACCAAAUUUGUGGUCAUCUGCAUCACUUAAGGAAACCGGUGCACCCGGGCUGCAGUCAGCAGGGCUCGGCGGGAAUCUGGGGCUCCGCUCCUAGAUGGCAUCGGGGAGGUGAAACCAGAUGUGGGACAUGA